AUGUCAAAGGUUGAUGAAAAAAUUCUUAGAAAGAAAGUUGCUGCCAUCUUAAAGUCACAAUCUGAUGACGACACUGUUUCACUUAAAACCAUCAGAGAAGCCCUUGAAAAGGAUUUAGGAGUUUCUCUUUCAUCACAAAAGGAUGUUUUAAAAACCAUCAUUAAAGAGGAAAUGAACAAAAAUCAAGAGGAAGAAGAGGAAGAAUCAAAUAAGAGAAAACAUAAUGAUUCCGAUAAUGAGGAUGAACCAUCAGAAAAGAAACAAAAAUCAUCACACAAAAUUACUAAAGCCGAUAAUGGUGACUUGGUUGUUUUCUUUACUGAUAAAAAGAGAAUUACUGUCAAUGAAUUUAAAAAGUCAAAAUAUGUUCAUAUCAGAGAAUAUUAUGAAGAUAAACCAACAAAGAAAGGUGUUGCUAUGAGUAGAGAUGAAUGGACUAGAUUUAAAACCUAUAUUGAUACAAUUGAUGAAAUGAUGAAUAUGUAA